AUGCUCAUAUUUUUGAUUUUAUCGAUUUUUUCAAUCUCGAUGAUUGAAACAGUUCAAGUUCCAACUGCCUCAAUUUCCGCACAUGUUCUAGAUAUUUCUGGAGGAUCUCCAGCUGCGGGAGUUCAGGUGAGUUAUUUUUUAAAAUAAUUUUUUGAACAGUAAAACAGAAAAUUUCUAGAUCAUUGCAUAUUUUUUGGAAAACGAUGCUUGGAAAGAAAUCGGAAAUCAGUUUACACAAGACAAUGGAAGGGUUGAUUGGGUUUGCCCGAAUUUUGAUCUUGUAGCUGGCAGAUAUCGAAUUGUAUAUUUAACGAAAGCAUAUUACGAUUCAAAAGGAGUUGAUACCUUUUAUCCAUAUAUCGAGGUGAGUUAUCAACACUUUUAUUGAAAAUCAUUUUUCCCGUUUCCAGGUUAUCUUCGAGGUCAAAAAUCCCACCCAACAUUACCAUGUGCCUCUCACUUUGAGUCCUUGGGGAUAUUCAACGUAUCGAGGAUCAUAA